CUCAAUUCCUGUCGUUUGUGUAUCUCAGAAAGCUGUAGUCUCUAAUCUGUUACAGCAUGAACCAGCUUUAUAUCCUUUUAUUGGCCCUUUGGUCAGCAUUCAAUUCGUCUGAUGGAUGGUACUGGAAUUACCCUACAACACCAGCUAAAGGCGCCUCUUGGAGGAAACCGUAUUACUAUGCGACAACUCAAACCCCCUACAGGAGGAAUGUGUAUUACCAGACGCAGACUCAAGCCCCUAUUUGGAUGAAACCAUAUUACUAUGCGACAACUCCAUCACCCUACGGGAGAAAUGUGUAUUACCGGACACAGACUCAAACCCCCUACAGGAAGAAUGUGUAUUACCAGACGCAGACUCAAGCCCCCUCUUGGAGGAAACCAUAUUACUAUGCAACAACUCAAACCCCCUACAGGAGGAAUGUGUAUUACCAGACACAGACUCAAGGCCCCUCCUGGAGGAAACCGUAUUACUAUGCGACAACUCAAACCCCCUACAGGAGGAAUGUGUAUUACCAAACACAGACACAAGCCCCCUCUUGGAGGAAACCGUAUUACUAUGCAACAACUCAAACCCCCUACAGGAGGAAAGUGUAUUACCAGACACAGACUCAAGCCCCUAUUUGGAGGAAACCAUAUUACUAUGCGACAACUCCAUCACCCUAUGAGAGGAAUGUGUAUUACCGGACACAGACUCAAACUCCCUACAGGAGGAAUGUGUAUUACCGGACACAGACUCAAACCCCCUACAGGAGGAAUGUGUAUUACCGGACACAGACUCAAGCCCCCUCUUGGAGGAAACCAUAUUACUAUGAAACAACUCAAACCCCCUACAGGAGGAAUGUGUAUUACCAGACACAGACACAAGCCCCCUCUUGGAGGAAACCGUAUUACUAUGCAACAACUCAAACCCCCUACAGGAGGAAUGUGUACUACCAGACGCAGACACCAUUUUGGCAUAUUCAGGAUGGACAUCAUUCUGAUGUCCCCGUGCCCAGUAUUACAGUGUUCAGGAAGAUGGAGGAUGGAGGGCGUGUGAUUGUCAUGUGUUCAUUUGGAAGGAGGCUCAUUGAGAGCUCUUUCCAGCUGUCACUGAAGAGUAAAUACAACUAUGCCUUGAAGAACCCACAGUGCUUUUCAAAUAACGUGUGUGUGUUCGAUGUGAAAGUAAGUUCACCGGUUUUCCUCACCUGCGUACACCAGAUUAAUUCUGAUGUGAACCGCCAGAGUGUGACCUACACCUACAGCCCAUCAGAUUUUGUUGCAGAUCCUCAUUGCUUGGAUCACCAUGAUGGGGGAGUAUCUUCAUUCUACGUUACCUUUUUCUCUUUCAUUGUUGUUGGUCUCUUCAUCAUGAUUGUAGCAGUGAUCAUGGCCACCCUCAAGAGCAAGAGCAAGAGCAAAGCUAAAGGCUCAAAGAAUACUGGGACAGAUAAUGACUAUACUGAUAUAUAGGAGGAUGUCAGAGAUCCUGAAGAGAAAAGAACGGACAACCAAUCAAUCAAUUCAGACUGAUCAAAUAAUUUUUGCAUGAUUAACUGUAAUACUCCUUAAAAUUCCCAACAUUCUUUCAAACACAGUAAAUCAAAACACAUUUCAUUAUAUAUUUUUAAAUGUAAUCUACAUCAUAUUUUAGUCUGUCAUGUAUCCUGCCUGGUCUACCCGCCACCAGGGGUCGCAGUGUGUGGAAAAAAAAAAAAAAAACAUUUUACUAUGCUGGUUUAUUUUUGAAAUCAUGUAUUGCUUUUUCCUUUUUUGUAAUUUUGAUUAUAUUUUGUGCAAAGUGAAUCAAUACAUUUUUAUGCAUCAUAUGCAUUUUACAUGAACAAAUAUGUACUCUGUAGGGCUGGGCGAUAAUUCGAUAACGAUAAUUAUCGCAAUAUAAUCGAUUUUCCUCGAUAAAACGAUAUGAAGAGUUCAAUAAAUGUUCGUUGGUUAAAUGACCAAUGAGAAACCUUUUGACACGCCCCCCACCUUUCAGCACGCCCAUUACUCCAGCCUGCAGUUAUCCCUACUUGAACUGCCACGCUGCGCGAGCUCACUAGAGAAGAUGCAUUUAUUACCUCGAUGCGGCACGGACGCGUCUGGAAAAACCGUUAUGAGUGCUGCUCCAAAGCGCCUACAUUUGAAAUAAGGAAGUUGAGCGUGCAAAAGACGCCAUAUGUGAACGGCUCAGUCACGCGAGCACCAAACAGCGCUGUGAGAUCCAGUGUGAAACACUUGAAUUCAGCGAUGAACACAAAUGACUCUGUGAUUCAAACUAAAUGAUCAUCUUGACAAAAACUAGUCAUUCGGGGAGGGGGGGGAAAUAUUUUUAAAUGAUGUUUAUUUAUGUGCUGGACCUGUGAAUUUCAGUUGCUACUAGGGAUGUCACAAUACUCAAUAUAAUAUUGAACCGUUCGGUACGACAUUCACGGUUCAAUACGUGGUUGUGAAUUGCGGUUUUACGGUUUUGCAUUUAAAUAACUUCCUUGUUUUAUUUUUCUCAGAAUUUGCUGUAUGUGUGCCCGCGAUUUCACAUGCUGAAAUAAGGAAAUGCCUCCCGCUUGUAUUUGAAAAAGCAACAAAUGCAGAGCAUCUUCCAUUCUAAUGACAUGCAAUGAUAAGCCUUUCUUAGUCUCAGCCUCAGAUGUCACGCCCACGGAACGUUGGCUAAACGUCUGAUGCAUAUGGUACACUUAACUGGAAACACUUCAGGAAUGUCGAAGUCGUCAUCUGAUUGGUUGAAUUUUAUCGGAUUUCCGGGGGACGCGACUGUCGCGUU